AAGUUUAAAAAUCAUUAAAUAACUCCCAAAACCCUCAGAACUGAGACAGGUGAGUGACUGAGAUAUUCAGCUAUGAAAUGGAGAGCAGAAUUUAAAACUUUUCAGAGCAGGUUAUGAAGCUUCUUGGUGGCAAAAUACAACAGAAUAAACUCUUUAUUCACAGCACAAUGCUUUUUUUGCUUUCUUUGUGGAAAGACUUGAGUCCCACCAUCAAGGAAAGCUUAAAUCAUAAGGGAAUGUAAUCCAUUACAAAGUCAGAAGAGGAGAAAGAUGAGUUUAGGUGGCUGGGAUGAAUUCAGAUGAGGGAGAGUGAAAAAGGAAUUUAGCAGUGACUGGACUUGAUCCCCUCAGAGGUUAUUUCUGGAUAUUCCAGUGGUGUUUGGCUUUUAAGUAGGUCGCAGUUUUUAGAAAAAAGUUCAAUACUGUCUUUAAUGUUGUGGCAGACUCAGAAAUACUUUGGGACAUUUGUCUUAUGGCAAGACUUUUGUGCUUCUACAUUUAAAUGGUUGUGCUCAGUAAAAGAAAGCAGCUGAGGAAUCAAACAUGAGAUUCAGGUUUUAAAUUUAGAGAGUUUAUUUUUCAUUUUCACAAAUGAUGCCUCCAACAAAGAGAAAGGGCUUUAAAACUAGUUCAUAUUUAUUGAUAUUAAGAGUAAACCAAACUGAGUUGUUACUUCAAAGACAGUAUUUUAAAACCUAGUCUUGGGAUCGUAAAGAUUUUAUGAGCUAUUUCAUGGCAAGAUAUCUCAAAUUAACUGUUUUGCUAACUGUAAAAAGUUAGAUAAGACAGAGGUUUUACUGCUCUUUGGUGUGAAAACUUAUGACAUCAAGAAUUUACUACUUCAGGGAAUUAGUUUUGAACUUUAGUCUGGUUUGCUGACUAAUCACAUGACUCAUUUCCAUUUUUCCUUUGGAAGGCGUGAACAUUUUAGCAUGCCCAUUUAAAAAAGAAACCACACAGAAUCCUAUAUAAACGACUUCCACAGAUUCAGGCUAUUGCUCCAACCCACUGGGAUGAUAUAAGGACUGGACUGACAGUGCUUCUGUCUGGUGCAGCCCAUGAGAUGGAGAUCGAUACUGCAGAUGAAGUUGCUAUUGUUGGAAUAGGAUGCAACUUUCCUGGAGGAGAUGGAAUUGACAAUUUCUGGAAAGUCCUGGAGGAAGGCAAAAACUGCACCGUAGAAAUCCCCCCCGAGAGAUUUGAUGCCAAGGAGUGGUAUGAUGCAGAUGGUAACAAGCCAGGAAAAAUAUGCACAACACGAGCUGCUCUUCUCGAUGAAUUUAAUUCAUUUGACAACCACCUGUUUGGUAUUAAUAAUAUGGAAGCAGAACGCAUGGAUCCGCAACAGAAAUUACUGAUAGAGUGCACAUAUAAAGCCCUGGAGGAUGCAGGAGUCCCUGUGGAAUCUAUCAGUGGCUCCAAAACAGGUGUUUUUAUUGGUCUCAUGAAUCGAGACUAUGAAAUCAUAACCAGCAGAGCUGUGAGUGAAAUAAAUCAUUAUGAUGGUACUGGAACAGCAAUGAGCAUUGCUGCCAACAGGGUGUCUUUCACCUUUAAUCUUACUGGACCGUCUCUGACUGUCGACACUGCGUGUUCGUCUUUCCUUUUUGCCCUGCACUACGCCUUGCAAGCCAUUAAAUCAGGAGACUGUGAGGCAGCAAUCUGUGGUGGGGUGAACUGCAUCAUUGAUCCCCGGACCUUUGUAUCUCUCAGUAAAGCCAAAAUGAUCUCUCCGGAGGGCAUAAGCAAACCCUUCUCCAAAAAAGCAGAUGGCUAUGGAAGGGGAGAAGGCUGCGGUGUUGUUUUCCUUAAACCACUGAAAAAGGCAAAGGAAGAUUACAGCAAAAUCUGGGGUGUGAUAAACGUCAGUGCAGUCAAUCAGAAUGGCAGGUCCACAACUCCAAUCACGAGACCAUCUCAAAUAGAGCAAGAGAAGUUGCUGCGCAGCAUUUAUGAACGUCAUGUUGAUCCCUCAGUUGUGCAGUACAUUGAAGCCCAUGGCACAGGAACUGCUGCUGGAGAUCCUACAGAAGCUGAGAGCCUGGGGAGUGUCAUUAGCAAAAACAGGUCUUCUCGAGUCUCCAUUCUGAAAAUCGGUUCAGUGAAAGGAAAUAUUGGACACACUGAAUCAGCUGCUGGAGCAGCCGGGUUAAUCAAAGUGCUCCUGAUGAUGCAUCAUGGAAAGAUUGUUCCAUCCUUGCAUUACUCAAAGGAGAUGAGCAGCAUCGAUACAGAGAAAUUAAAGCUUGCAGUUGCCACAGCUGUAGAGCCCUGGGAAGAAUCCAGUGAGUAUGGAAGAGUAGCUGGCAUCAACUGCUUUGGAUUUGGAGGAACCAAUGCUCAUGUUGUGGUCAGGCAGGUGAAGCAGCCAGAGCCUCUUCCUGCCUUUAAGAAGCCUCUGGAGUUAGUUCUGCUGUCAGCAGCAUCCCCUAAGUCUCUUCAGAUGACAAUGGCCGACACAGCUGAGCAGCUGAGCACAAGGAACUCUGUAAGUCUCCCAAGCCUGGCCUAUACUUCUGCCUGCAGAAGAAGCCACGCCAGCUACAGGUACCGAAAAGCAUUUGUCACAAAUUCCCUCCAACACUUGCAGCAAGAGCUGAAGCUGGCAGCGAGUGCAGAACCUGCCAUGUCCAAAGUGGAACCACAGCUGGUGUUUGUGUUCUGCGGCAACGGCGUAACGCUGAAGGAGCUCAGUGAGGCACUGCUGAGCUCAGAGCCGGUGUUCAGAGACAAGUGUAAGGAAAUAGAAGACCUUUUUCAGCAGCACGCUGCCAUCAGCCUCCUGCCGGCAAGGAAUCAUAGCCCAAAGGACUUGUUGAAUCCAGAGCUUUCUCAGCCCUUGCUGUUUGCCCUGCAGGUUGCUGUAGCUUCCCUCCUGAAGCACUGGGGUAUUAAGCCCGUUGCUGUUGUUGGCCACUCGGUGGGGGAAGUUGCUGCUGCACACAUUGCUGGGUACCUGUCCCUGGCAGAUGCGGUCAAAGUGAUUUAUCACCGGAGCAGGCUGCAGGCAAAGACUCCCAGCGGCAGAAUGCUGGUGGUUGGAAACAUCCCCGUUGAAGAGAUUGCUGAACGCCUGCAUCCCUACUCAGGAAAGGUGUGCAUUGCCGCUUUCAACAGCCCCAUUUCCUGCACCUUGUCUGGGAGUGUAGAGGCUGUGGAAGCUGUCCAGAGAGAGUUAGCUGAAGCUUUCAGACAGAGAAACAUCUUUCUUCAUGUUUUAAAUGUUCCAGCUGCGUACCACAGCCCCAGCAUGGAUAUGAUACUCAGGGAGCUGGAGAAGCAGAUAGAGCCUUUAGAAAAGCAGAAGGGGGAAAUGGAAGUGAUUUCAACAUUGACUGGCAUGGCUGCAUCUGGAAAUGACUUUGCUCAGGGCAAAUUCUGGGCUCAGCAUACUCGUGAGCCUGUUGCUUUCACACAAGCCAUCCAAACUGCAGCCAGAGGCAGGGAAAACGUGGUGUUUGUGGAAAUAAGUCCUCACCGAGCCCUGCAGCGAAGCAUAAAAGAAACACUAGGGAAAGGCACAAAGGUGUUCUCCUCUUUGCAAACAGAUGCAGAAUAUCAGACACUCUUCACCCUGGUAGGAAAUCUGUUUGAAUUGGGAUUUAAUCCCAACUGGCAGCACUUUUAUAACGGGUAUCAAAGUGUUCCUGUGGCCAUUCCUCGAUAUCAAUUUGAUCGCCAAAAACUCAUGAGUUGCCUGGAUAUCCAUCAGCAAGCAAACCAAAGAGGUGUCAGAGCCAGUCAUCCUUUGAUUUAUGGCAUAAACAGUGACAGCUUGGACUUUGGCUGCCUGGUGUCCCAGGAAACGACACCGUACUUAUAUGAGCACAAGAACAAUGGGGUGGCCUUAGUCCCUGGUGCUUUCUAUGUGGAGCUUGCUCUGGCCUCUGUGAUCAGCAGCUUAGAACCUAAAGUGCCUCUGAGCACCUGCCAGCUGAGUAUCAGUUUUUCUGCACCAUGUGUUCUUACACAGAAUUCCCAAAUGCUGGGUGUCAAGCUGAGUCCACAAAAAGCCAUGACAACCUUUGAGGUUCUCUCUUCCUCCAACGCAGUUUAUGCUUCUGGCCAAGUGGUAAAGGGGCUUGAAGGUGUGGUGGAAGAAAGCAGCAUCUCCUUCCAAGCCAUCUAUCGAAGAUGCAAGUCAGUGAUUAGCAGAGAGGAGCUUUAUGAAGCACUGUCUCAGGUUGGCUUUCAGUAUGGCUCCAUAUUCAGGCAGCUCAGUGAUGUGCAUUAUUGCCAGGAGCUAAAGGAAGCUAUAACAAGUAUAAAGGUGAAUGAGGAGACGGCCGGAGACAUGUACAGCUACUGUAUCCACCCAGUGCUGCUCGACUGUUUUCUGCAGAUGACUGCUGUCCUGACCUCAAGGACACUCCACUCCAGAGCAGGCUUUCCUUCAGGGAUAGGAAGCCUGGUGGUGCUCCGCCCGCUGCAGGAGGAAAUGAUGAUAUACAUGAGAAUGAGCAAAUCCACUGGGAACUGCCUUGAGGUCUGUGGAUGUUUUGUGGACAAACACGGCUCUGUGUUGGCUGAGCUCAAGCGUGUUGCCAUCACUUUCAUGAAGGAAUCGUCUUCCAGAGACAAUGAGUUUCUGUUUCAAAACAAAUGGAAAGAAGUCUCUCUUUCACAGACAAUUGGACAUCUGGGGUUUAAGCCCAGAGUCCUUGUGUUUGCAGACAAAUUUGGGAUAGCUGAGCAGCUCAAGAAACACUUGCACCCUGCUUCGAGAUAUGUCAUGUAUGAAGGCUGGGAAUGCCUCGUGGAAGGCGAAACACAGAAUAAAAUGAGAGCAGAGGUUAAGGAUUAUGAUGAAAUUCUCUUCCUGUGGGGAAUUCAAAAGGUAAAUGAAGAUUCCCCAAGGAAAGCAGUAGAUCAGUUGGCAAAGUGCUGCGAAGCCUUUCGCCAGGUAGUGGUGGCACUAAGAGAGAAGAUGUCUCGCGGUUCUGUCAGAGUGAUCACCUACAGAACAACAGAGAGAUAUGUGGACCACGUUAACUGUGGGUUUGCAUUGUAUGGCAUGACCAGAACCUGUACUGUUGAAGUUCCAGAAAUCACCUUUCAGUUGAUUGACCUCGGUUCUUCCACUUCCCUGGACAUCUCAGUGUUAGCAGAUGUUCUUGUCAGAUACAAAGGUGGGGACUAUCCAGAGGUCUGCAUCAGCCAGGGAAGAAUUUACGUGUCCGAAAUCAGACGCACACCUUUUGUAGAUGCAGAUUAUAUCCAACCCAUAAGAUCACUCCAGAAAUCACAGUCAUUCACUUUGUACACUUCUGAUCCAUACACAGCAAAAGACUUGUCUGGAGAAUUAUCCAUCAGUCCGGCUACUCACCUUGACAAACAGAGUGUUGAAAUUCAAGUGGAUAAAAUUUGUCUGCACUCAGAAGAUUAUUUUCCCGUUAGUGUUUCCAGCUGCAACUUUGGUAAUACACUGUAUUGGAACUCCCAGGCAGGAGACAAACACAGGCUUCUAGCUCUUGAUUUCAGUGGCACAGUCACUGCAACAGGCAGUGAUGUGAAAAAAGUGAAAGUGGGAGAUCAUGUGGUUUCAUGUUAUCCCACUGCUGCAUCAUCCAGAGUCCAGAUUCCAGGAACAGUUUGUUUCCAUGCAAGGAAAUUCCCAUUCCUCCAGAAUGUCCCUUGUGUGUCAUACUUCAUCAUUGCAUGGGAAAUCUUCACUCAGAGGUUACCCAAAGGAAAACAUGGCAGAACAUUGGGUAUUAUUACUACAGAGCCAUCCUCGGUUUUGUGCCACGUUCUUUCUGCAGCAGCCGAAGAGAUGGGUUGGAGAACAGUCCUUGCAAAGCCCACUCCUAACCUGUUCCAGUAUAUCAACUUGUGCAGUGCCCUUGUUAUUCUUCCUCCAGUCAACAGACUGUCUCAGGAGGACCUGGCCCAAAUGUCCUUUCUUAAAGAUGUGGUGAUCGUGUGUGGCAGUCAACAGUCGGAAUGCAUCCAGAAUGUCAGUGAAAUUGAUCAUGAAAACGUCAGCUUUCAUAUCCUGGCUGUUGCCAGCCUUUUCCGGAAAGCGCCUCUAAAGGAAGUGCAGAAGACUGUACAUGCCUGGAUCAGUUCCGUGGAUAUGAAACGGUUUAGAAAUCUUUCAGGUUCUGUUUUUCAGCAGACUGAGAACUUUGAAGGGCUAAAUUCUGUGAUGUCCUAUUUCACCUGCCCUUCUGUCCUGCUUGCUGUCCUGGGAAGGCAGAAGGACAUCAGUGUGCUUUCAGAUAUCCCGCUGUACGAGCCCCAGAAGCAGCUGUUCAAGCAGAAUGCCGUUUAUGUAGUCGCUGGAGGGCUCACUGGACUUGGCUUUGAAACGGUGAAAUUCAUAGCCGAGAACGGGGGACGGUGUAUUGCAAUUCUGUCCAGGAGAAUUCCCAGCAGUGAGAAGCAAGAAGAGUUAAGGGCUUUGCAGCAGCAGUACAAAGGGAGCAAAGUAGUGUCUGUGCAGUGUGAUGUGGCUUCGAGCAAUGAUGUUGAGAAAGCUUUCCAGUCCAUUGCCAACACCUUUGUGGGGAGUCCGAUCAAAGGGGUGUUCCAAAGUGCUGUUGCUUUACAUGACGGCCACCUUGAAGUGCUGAAGCUGGCUGACUUCCACAAAGUGCUGAGCCCAAAAGUAGCAGGGACCCUCAAUCUUCACUGGGCUACCAGAGACCAGGAGCUUGACUACUUUGUGUGCUACUCCUCUGUUACUUCCUUUCUGGGCAAUGCCACCCAAACAAACUAUGCAGCUGCAAACUCUUUCCAGGAUGUCUUCUGCCUCUACAGGAGGAACUGUGGGCUCUCAGGCCAGGCCAUUAACUGGGGUGCUUUGAACCUUGGCAUUCUGCUCAACCAAAACCACAUUCAGAGCAUUCUGGGAUCCAAGGGCAUAGACAUUCUGCAAGUGCAUGAAAUUCAUGACUGUCUCAGGAAGACCUUACUUAUAAACAGCCCGCAGCAAGCUGUGGUCAAAUUGAACUUUCAAACUUUGUAUCAUCAUGUUUUUAGUCAGAUUACUUCUCUCAAAAGUCGCUUCAUAUCACUUAUGUCAGAAGAUUUCAAGAACAAGAUUGAAACGUCUGAGGAAACUGAAGUCCCAGAGACCACCUUUCUCAAAUCUGAGGAUUACAUCACCUCACUGGUGAGUGACCUCACAGGAGUGAACGCAGAUGAACUAACCAUGAAUACGCCACUUUCGUCUUUGGGCAUGGACUCUAUGUUAGCCAUGACAGUUCAGAACCGUGUCUUUCGGGAGCGAAAGGUGGACAUUCCCAUUGUGAAACUGCUUGAUCCUCACACAACUCUGUCAAGUUUAGUGGUGGUGUUAGAAGAAACAAGCGAUGCAAAUGGAACAGUUGAAAAGAAGAAUGCUGUGGUUGAAAGUGCAGAAAAUGGGAGCUGGCUAUAGGAAUCUUCCCAAUCAGGAAUUGUGUAACUUUGGCAAUACUCAGUCCUUUUGCAGCAUGUCAGAAUGUGUAAUUGCAGAACGUCUGGUGAUGCUGAAUGUACUCGUCUGCACUGACUCAGAAAAACCCGCACCAGGUUUUUCUGCCAUUAUUCUGCUAGCUGUGUUAAUUUCAGUCAGUUGUUUGACUUUUUACUUUCAAUGUAUUUUACCUUAAUUUUCAAUAGUUUUUACUGGAAAUAAGUGGGUAAUUUCGUACACAUUUUAUUGCACAUUGCAUUUUUAAAAUUGUAUUCAAGUUUUGAUGAAAUCUGUAUAUUUGCACCUCUAAACAGUAAAUAUACACAUAAAGCUGCCUAAGUUUAUCAGCAUUUUUGUCAUACUAUAUUGUUAAUAUAUAAUUAUUUUUUAAUAUUACCAAAUAUUUUUAAAUAUAGGCAUAUUUUUGAAAGUCUGAUGUCUUCAAAAAUAUUAAAAAUUUACCAAGUGUUACCACUUGUGAAGCAUACAUAAAAGCAAAUGUUUUUUAGUAUGAAUUAACAAAUUUUUAUGAAAGCCUAAAUAAACAAGAGUACUAAAAUGGUUUUUAAAAAACCCCAAUGUGUAUUUUUAUCCUAUUUUAAUUUUUACCCUUUAUGUGCUCUCCUACUUCAAAUUUUUGUAAGCCUAAUAUCUGCCCUGCUUUUGUUCCAGUGAGAAAAAACAGACUUUUCUGCAAAGACACUGAAGAACACUUUGUUUUUAGUCUUUUAACAUAGGAAUAGGGUAUGGUAUCAUUUCUCCCUUUUCUCCCUAAUUCUGGUGAGUUGUCCCUUGCAGAUCUGAUUAUAUUCUCCAGUGUCUGGAGUAUCCAUGGUCUAUGAAAUAAUCUGAUCUCCAGGCUGAAAAGUUCCCUUAGUCUCUCUUAGCUCUCGUGCGCCAACCCCAAAGAUCUUGGUGGUUUUAUGCUAAAAGUGUUCAGGCUUAUCUAUAUCUUUCUCAUGGUAGAGGGCCCAGAGCUGGAGCAGGGUUCAGGAUGGGAUGUAAUGAGUCAAGUGUGGUGUACUGGUGGUGCGUGUUACACCAGUAUGAUGCAGAGUUCCCUGCCCAGCUGGCUGUUGGCUUGCAUUGCUGUCAGUGUGCAGUGAACUCGUGUUCAGUCCACUUCACCCAGGCUGCUCUGCAGCCAGUCAGCGCCUGCACUGUAAUGCUGUGGUGCUUUGCCUGUCUCACAUGCAGAAUAGGUGCAAGAGGCUAAGCCAUCCCAGGAGCAAGGCCUUGCAUUCACUAUGGUUGGAAAUAAUGAAGAUUCUGUAAAGCUGUUUGUCCUUGUGAAUAGUGGCCCUCCCUUUCAAUGUGCCAAAUGCUCUCACCUGACUUGUUGGCUUGGCUGUUAAUAAAGAGCCUGCAGGGGGCUGCUACUGACUCACUGCCAGAUGGACUUGGCACAGCUGAUAUCACCCCUUAGACCUAGCAGGCCAGUGAAUACUCCACCUAUCUUAUAGUUGUCUUUUUCAAUCUACCUGGCAUCAGUUUGGCUACAAGGAUGCAUUGGGACACUGCUGAAAGUCUUUAUGGAAUCAAGGUGCAUGAAAUCUCCCUCUCCUCAGUGUUUUCAUUCUUCAAGGUAAUCAGGCUAGUCAGCCCCCAUAUCUCUGUGGAAAAUCCAUGAUGGCUGUUCCUAACCACUUUUUUGCUCAUGUCCCCUACUACCUGAGUCCUUCUGAGUUUAUGGUUCUGUAUGGGCAGAGAUCCUUGCGACCUUGCCCAAACAUUUUGGAGGGAAACGUGGUAAUGAAGUGAGGAGCAGUUAACUGUAUACAUGUAUAUACAUAUGCAGAAAGGCACAGGGAGGAUUUCAAAUUCAUAGUGGUUCUGGUGUGGCAUAACCUGACCAACAGCCAGGCAAAUUACAAAGCAGAGAAUUUGUUCUCUGCAACACAUUUGUUGUACUCAUUUUCUGUGCUGUUCCCUGUGCAAAAACACAAGAACCUUGUAGCACUGAUGUCAAGGUCAAAGCAGUAAUCCAACAGGGCUGCUUUGCACAGCAGGAGUAGAUAAAGGUAUGUUAGAAAGAUGUUAGUUGUAUGACAAUCUCUCAUGGAUGUCCACAUUGCACGUUAUGACUGAAUCUAUUGAUUCCAGCCUUUAUACGGACAGGUCUCAUUCUAAAAGAUUGAAGCACCAACUUUGGCUGGCUGCAGUUCUUUGGUUUUCUCUCACCAAAGCAAUCACUGCUCUGUCAGAACUGUGAAAUCUCUCUUAUCUCUUCUGUAUGUUUUGCUUUUGACUGCUUCUGUGAAUCUGCCAUAAAUAUUCCAAAGGUCAGAAUGGUUGAACAAAAACAAGAUCAUUGCCAGCCUCCAGAAACACAAUGAGAAACCUAAGCUCAAAAUACGCUCUGGCAAAGCUUUUUCAGCUGCAGCCAGGGCAAUUAGAAUUAGCAGUUUGUAACAUAGGGUAAGGCAGCAAUGGCAGAGCACUGACUACUCUUUCAUUUGUGCCUGAUAAAUAUAUAGAGCAUAUCACCAGAAAAAUAGCCCAGAAAAUCCACACAGAUGACAAAAUAGCUCAGAGAUAUGACUGAUGUCCUGAAGGCAGCAACUAGCUGAAGGAGAAGGCAAAGAUAUCAACAAGCAACAGAAUGGAGGGCAAAACCAGAAAGAGCCUGCAGUACUGUAAGAGCAGUGAGAAGUCCUGAGUCCUGUUCUGUCCUACCAAACAUCAUAAAUGGAACAGGUAAACAGCCCUUUGCAGCUGGCAAUGCUUUUUCUAAUACAGCCCAGGGUAGCAUUGGCCUUCUUGGACCUCAGGACACAUUCUUGAUGGACAGCUGAAGGACAACUUCUUGUCCUCCAGAACCCCCAGGUCCUCCUUCAAAGAGCUGCUUUCCAGCAGGUUGAGCCCCAACCUGUCCUGGUGCAGGGGGUUAUUCCUCCCCUGGUGCAGGACCUGUGGGAGCUCAGCACAUCACUCAUGAUGUCCAGAGCUACCGAGAGAAUCCUUGGGGGGCUCGGGAGUCUUGCAAAGUUGCCAAAAGCACUUGGUGGCUUGAUUUUGAUCCAUCUAGGGAUGUGCCACUGAUGUAUGAGGAGAUGGAACCUGUGAGAAUCACUCGGGUGUGAAUGGUGAAGGGAAGACAUCAUUAUAGGGUAAAUCACAGAUUUUGGGGUUUUGGUACAGGGGGCGUUAUGGAGACAAGAUGGAGGAAUCAGGGCGUGUCACCAGGCUCUUCUUUCUUCUUCCUGUCUUCCAUCUUCUGUUGUGGUGUUGGCACUUGUGGAUUGGUCUAGGGUGAGAGUGUACUUGGUGAUGAGGGUGAUAGGUAUUGGGGAUAAAAAGUAAAUAUGAUAUACGUAGUUUUUGUUAUAAAAGAUGCUACCGCCUUGGGGGUGGGCAGAGUGCCUUUGGCUGCCAUGCUUGUCAGAUCCUUCGGGCAGAGAAGGGACUUUGUAGAUAAGAAAGAAUAAACAAUUCUGAAGACCGAAAAAACCUAGAGUCCAGACUCAUCUUUUGAGGCGCAGCGUGCAAGAACCAUCCUAAGCGUGUGUGGGAGCAGAGACAGACAGCCGAACCCCAUAGGACCCUGCACUUGCCCUUGUUGAAUUUCAGGCUAUUCUUCUCUGUCCAUCUCUCCAACCUGUCAAGGCCCCUCUGAAGGGUUGCACAGCCCUCUGGGGUAUGGGCCACUCCUGCCAGCUUUGUGAACUUGCUGGAACAGAAGAGGCCUCUGCCCCUUCGUUCGAGCCAUUGAUGAAUAAGUUAAACAAUACUGAGCCUGGUAUUGAACCCUGGGGGGCCCCAGUAGUGACAGGCCUCCAGCUACACCCGGUGCCACUGAUUAUCGCCUCUGGGAUCUGGUGUUCAGCCAAUUUAUUUUAAAUAGAUUUAAAAGGUUUUUUUUUCUUCAUCAGCUGUCAAACCUGAUUGCAGAGACCUGUACUGCUACUUCCUCCUGAAAAAAUGAUGGUCUUCUCAUAACCUGAAUUGUACUUAGAUAAAUUACUUGUGGGGGAAAAAAAAUAAAUCUGUAUCUGUGUUUAACAAAA